ACUUCAGACUGGGGCACAACUUUCUCUGUUACAACAAGCGCGCACGUGGAGAGGGACACUGGAAAAGCCGGGCAGUUCCCAACCAGAACAGAAACUAAAAAUUACAAUUACUAUUAUAAUAAUAAUCGCUGUCUUUAAUGUCCUACUCCACUCUCAUGGACACUCUUCCAUUAACAUUUAUGUCAGUUUUCUAAGACGCGUGCACUGCUUCAGAUUGGCAUAUAUUUGCACCAGAAUGCGCGGGGCUCGGCGUCCUUGAUCCUUUUUUCAGUGGACUUGACAUAUAAGCCCCACUUGAGCUUGAUGGCGGUGGACAAGGGUCCUUUAUUGACUUCGGCAAUAAUUUUUUAUCUGUCCAUUGGGGCAGCGAUAUUUCAGGUUCUUGAGGAGCCGAACUGGAAGCUUGCGGUGAAAGAGUACACCUCACAAAGAGAGCAGAUACUCAAGGACUACCCUUGUCUCAAGAAAGAUGACUUGGACAGGAUUUUGGAGAUCAUCUCCACAGCAGCCGGACAGGGCGUCACCAUCACAGGCAAUAGGACCUUCAACAACUGGAACUGGCCCAACGCCGUCAUCUUUGCAGCCACUGUCAUCACGACCAUAGGCUAUGGGAACAUCUCCCCAAAGACCUCAGGUGGACGUGUCUUCUGCAUCUUCUAUGGGCUCUUCGGCGUCCCGCUCUGCCUGACCUGGAUCAGCGAACUGGGCAAGUUCUUCGGGGGCCGAGCCAAGCACCUGGGCCAGUACCUGACCAAGAGAGGCCUAACUUUGCGUAAGGCCCAGUUCACAUGCACGGCCCUCUUCCUCCUGUGGGGGAUUCUGGUGCAUCUGCUGAUCCCCCCGUUUGUGUUCAUGGUUGAAGAGGGAUGGUCCUAUAUCGAUGGCCUCUAUUUCUCCUUCAUCACCUUGACAACAAUCGGCUUCGGAGACCUGGUCGCGGGUGUAGAUCCCAACGCGGAUUACCCAGUGCUCUAUCGCUACUUUGUGGAGGUGUGGAUCUACCUUGGCUUGGCCUGGUUGUCCCUCUUCUUCAACUGGAAGGUCCGCAUGGUGGUGGAGGCCCACAAAGCUCUGAAGAAGCGGAGGAAGAGACGCAAGCUCUCUCUGGAUCAGCUCCAGCAUUAUAAGGCCCACAAGGCUCGCUUGACCUCGUUGGCAGGGGGAGGGGAGACCAGCCGUAUCAGCUUCCUCCCGCUUCCGGAAAAGAGGGAGGGUUACAACGAUCUCAUCAAGCAGAUCGGCAGCAAGAAGGACGGGAGCAGCCAGCCGUUCAAUGAGCUGAACCGCUCCCAGAGCUGCAACGACAGCGGUGCCUACAACCCCAUACUGACCCUGGACGGCUCACCGCGGCGCAAGCGCCGGUACAGCCUCGGUGACCGUGUGACUGUGGCCUUCUCCAAGUCCAAGAACUACCUGAUGGGUGGGGAGGGUAACGUGUUGCUCGGGGGGCUGAUGCCCAGACCGGACCUGGAGGCAGGGGGAGCUAUUUAUGAGAACCAGCUGGACAAAGAACCUGGAUUAGAGGCCAGCGGGGAGGAGUACCAGGCCUUCAUCAACCAGGACGCCAACAUCACCUUCAUCGAUGAGGAGAACCUACUCACUGCGGACACCAAGGCCCAGCUCUCCACCUCCGAUGAGAACGGGGAAUCCGAAACGGACUCCAAAGAGGAGCCAAGCUGCGAGUCUGAUGGCUCUUUAUGUACCUCGGAUGGGCUGGACCGCUGCCACUCCUAUGAGCGGCUGGUGGAGGAAUACUCUAAGGAGCACAACACUGACUGAGCCCCUCAGCCUCCGGAGCCUGAGCCAUACACAACGACUGUGAUCUCUCCACUUCAGUCUUUUGUUUUUUCGGUCUUUGAAUGUUGUAGGAAUUUGCACGUUGCCAGAUUAGGUGAAGGGUGUCACAUGAAGAGGACACUGAUGCACACCGUUGAUUGUUCUGUCCAGCCUUUCCUGUUACCUGACCGGAGUCCUGGCGCUUUGGUUUUCAUCUGGGUGGCGGUAAUGGGACUCCGAAUCAGAAUAAGCUGUAUUAGUAUUAGUCCUGCAUUUAGGAAUGGACUUUUUCUGUGGGAUCCCAGCUGGACGGGCUGUUGAUGUCAAAUGAAGGUUUCAUAUUUAUUCUUGGACCCGUUAGAUGUUUUAUGGGUGAUUGGGGUAUGAUGUCUUAAUUAUAAGUAACCAGGGCUGUGAAGUAGACACAUUUGGGGAAAUUGCUGAAUUUGCUGCAAAUAUUUUAUCUAUGUCAUUUAAUGCCCUGUUAAUUUAGAUUUUGGAAGUUUGUUCAUAGUUCAGUUUGAUGAAUGAUUUAAAUCCGAUGUUCAAAUUGAGAGCGCACUGCUAUUCUGUGAUAGAAAUGCUUGCGGGGUUUUACUUACAAAAAAAAUGUUCUAAGGGCAGAACAGGAAAAAAGAUUGGUUCAGAGAGAGAACCAAUCACGUUGUAGUGGUGGUGGGCCCAAGCAACUAGAGCAG